CUAGUGCAGUUUCACUUGUUCCUACUUCACUGCCAGGUGCUACAGUCUAGGUUGGAUGUCUUGGAGCGCAAACCCAGAACGGAUGACGUCAAGACGGAGAUACAAACGCAUUAUGGCAAGAUCCACCGUUUUGCCUCCAAAGCCGGAAAGCUCGCAGAAAGAUUUGACAACACUACUUUGCAAGCACGCAGUGAGUACUGGACUGGACGUGGUUGCGGCGGCUUGAGAGACUGGCAGUCUGCCAAAACGCAUUUUGGGAAUGCAAUCAAACUCGACACACCAAGCAAUGCGAACAAUCACAGCAAUUUUCAGUAUAGAGGGUUACGUCCAAAUGAACGGGCAGAUGUACCCUUUCUGCUGCAAAUUGUCACACAGCGCUGCGAUAGAUGGGUCGACAAAAUAGAAGAAGCCCGUAAGACUCUGAGUGAGCUCGAGUGUGAAGAGAUUGAUUGGGAAAAUGAAAAAGUAAAAGGUCGGCAUUGGACACCAUACCGUGGUUGCAUGAAGCGCGCCGCAAUGCAACAGGCAGUUAUAGGUCAAAAAACCAUCAAACCCAUGAACCAUUUGUUUAAUAGCGAAGGCCAACGGGCAGACAUUCUUAGCCAGGAGGAGAUCAAAAUGGUUCUGAAGAGGCUGGCCAAGCGAGAUGGCAAGUCACUCCUCUGCAGGACGCUCAACGCGGAGGAGUGGCGUUACAUUUUCCGCGGCGACUCAGCCAUGGGUAAGGACAACCUGUGUACAAACGACAGUGGUGAAAGCGAAACAAAAAAUUGUCUAACCGACAAAAUCGUUGAUCAAUCUUUGCCUUCUUCGAUCAACGCCUCUGCACAGCCAUCACCUGAAAUAUCACGUAACUUGUGCGACGAACUGGAACAAAACGAAUACCAAAGUGGCGGGGAA